AGCAACUUUUAGUUUAGGGCUUUUUCUGCAGACUUUCUCUCUCUAUCUCUCUCUCUCUCUCUCUCUUCAAUUUUUGUUUGAAUUUCUCUCUUCCAAUCAACGAUGGCUAAGGAUGGAAGGUCAUCUUCACCUCCCAGCCCCUCCCCUCCACCACCGCGUAGCUCCUCCCCUCCGCCACCGCGUACAGGUCGUAGGUCGAGUUCGUUACCUAGGUCACGAAGAAGUCGUUCCAGGAGCCGUGAUUCUGAGGGUGCUUCUAAUCCCGGGAAUAAUCUUUAUGUGACUGGUCUAUCUACGAGGGUUACUGAAAGUGACCUUAAGAAGUAUUUCAGCCGUGAAGGAAAGGUUGUUGACUGUCAUUUGGUCACAGAUCCUCAUAGUAGAGAGUCGCGUGGAUUUGGUUUUGUUACUAUGGAGACAAAUGAGGAUGGGGAGCGUUGCAUUAAGCACCUCAACAGAUCUGUACUCGAAGGCCGAUUGAUCACUGUUCAACAGGCUAAAAGGAGUCGAGGAAGAACACCAACUCCCGGAACAUAUCAAGGUCCGAAAGAUACACGAGGAAGUUACGCGGGAAAUAGUGGGAGUAGGAGAAGAUCUCGUAGUUACUCGCCUCAGCGGAGAUACGAUAGGGAUAGGGACUUUGACCGUAAGGACCAGAGAGGGGGUUCCGGCAGAAGGUCAAAUGAUCAUAGUUCGAGCAGAAGACAUAGUGACCGUUAAAACGAGUUACGUUAAAUGUCGACUAACCUAGGUAAGAUGUUGUAUGAAUUUGGUGAUCAAGAAUCGGCAAACCUUAUUGUACUCUGUUUGGAUACUCUCUGCUUUCCAUAUAACCUUUUGAUGUGCGACCUACCUGUAUUUAACGAUAUAUUUUUUUUCUCUUAUGUAAGUUGAGUUUUGAGAUU